CGGCGGUGGCGACGCGCACACAAGCGGAUUGUGGCUUCACUGGUGCUCGCGGCGGGCGGCGGCCGGGCACGGGCGGCGGGGCGUGCCGGGGGCCCCCGCGGGCGCGGCGCGGGCGAUGAGCCGAGGCCCGGCAUGGCCUCCGCACGGCCGCCGGGCCGGGCCUGUGCCUCGGCGUCCGCGCCCGCGGGGCUCCGGGCUGGGCCGUCCGCGCAGCCGUCCGCUUCCCGGGAGCCCGCGGGCGGCGCCGAAGUGGAGGAACGCUCGUUGCAGCACAUGCUGCGCGCCAUAGCGGAGGAACGUGGUCGCCUCAACCUGCGCCGUGAGGUCUGCGGCCUGGGAUGCUUCAAGGAUGACAGGAUUGUCUUCUGGACCUGGAUGUUUUCCACAUACUUCAUGGAGAAACUGGCCCCUAGGCAGGACGACAUGCUUUUCUACGUGCGCAGGAAGCGAGCCUACCCAGGCAGUGACAGCAGUGUCGAUGGGAGGAAGGCUGAGGCUGAGCCUGAGGUGGAGGUGGAAGUGUACCGGAGGGACUCCAAGAAGCUUCCAGGCCUGGGAGACCCUGACAUUGACUGGGAAGAGAGCGUCUGCCUAAACCUCAUCCUUCAGAAGCUGGACUAUAUGGUGACCUGUGCUGUGUGCACACGCACUGAUGGAGGCGACAUCCACAUUCAUAAGAAGAAAUCCCAGCAAGUGUUUGCAUCCCCCAGCAAACACCCCAUGGACAGCAAAGGAGAAGAAUCCAAGAUGAGCUACCCCAACAUCUUCUUCAUGAUUGACAGCUUUGAGGAGGUGUUCAGUGACAUGACUGUAGGGGAAGGAGAGAUGGUCUGUGUUGAGCUGGUGGCCAGUGACAAAACCAACACAUUCCAGGGUGUCAUCUUUCAGGGCUCCAUCCGCUACGAGGCUCUCAAGAAGGUGUAUGACAACCGCGUGAGUGUGGCAGCUCGAAUGGCCCAGAAGAUGUCAUUUGGCUUCUACAAGUACAACAACAUGGAGUUUGUGCGCAUGAAGGGGCCUCAAGGCAAAGGCCACGCUGAGAUGGCAGUCAGCCGCGUGUCUACUGGUGACACAUCCCCCUGUGGGACCGAAGAAGACUCUAGUCCAGCUUCGCCCAUGCAUGAGCGGGUGACCUCCUUUAGCACCCCGCCCACCCCAGAGCGAAACAACCGGCCCGCCUUCUUCUCCCCAUCCCUCAAGAGGAAGGUGCCUCGGAACCGCAUCGCAGAGAUGAAGAAGUCACACUCGGCCAAUGACAGUGAAGAGUUCUUCCGAGAGGAUGACAGUGGAGCUGACCUACACAAUGCCACCAACCUGCGGUCUCGAUCCCUGUCCGGCACAGGACGGUCUCUGGUUGGGUCCUGGCUGAAGCUGAACAGAGCUGAUGGAAACUUCCUUCUCUAUGCACACUUGACCUAUGUCACCUUGCCACUGCAUCGGAUCUUAACAGACAUCCUGGAAGUACGACAGAAACCCAUCUUGAUGACUUAGUGUGUGUGGAGCCUGCACGGAGCCCCGGCCCUGCCUGGCCCUGGAAUGCUGCCAAGUGCCUACCUGUCACCGCCACUGGGGUCUUCUGUGACAAGCCAGCGCAGGAGCUACAGCCAGGCAGGGCCACUCGACUCCUGGGGCCAGGGCCGACUCCAUGAACACCAGCCCAAACUGAAGUGCCUCGUCUUCUUUCCUCGCUGGCUCUGUUCCCACCCUGUCCUGCACACGCCCCUCAGCCCAUCUCUGGAGAGCCUUCUGCUCCCAAAGAGGGCCAGAGACACCAAGAGGUCAUAGAGAGCAUGAGGGGCUGCCAGCUUCCAGAAUGUUUUUAGACCUCCAGACCUCCACUCCCAUCUCCCUGCUGGAGCUCUGUGCCAGGCUACUGUCCACACAUCCUACACAAAGCCAGUUGAAGAUUUUGUAAUGCAGUACUGACGAACUUCAGCUCGAGAGUCAGUCCCAACUUGUUCUCCCAUAGUUACUACUUGUCACAGUGGGUUCCAGCUGGGAGUCAGGGGACAUGAGCUGUUUGUCGGCUGGGAAUACCUCACCCCAUGCCCAGCUCAGAAUGGGUGUCAACCUCCAGCUGGCCCUGAUCCCCCAGAAUGGCCUUUGCUUCCAUCCAAAGAACACCGCCAACACACACACCUCCGACCCGAGACGUCCUGUGUCGGUCUCGGCUGGAGGGAUGCAGAAUUUAGUUCUGAAGGAAUGUGGGAGGGAACUUCUGUUGAGGGAUGUCUGAAGGGGUCCUGAGUUGAAAUCCCAGAUGGGUAAAGGUGACCAUGGGUCACCAGCCCAAGGCUCACCCUGGCAGUGUGCUGUAGAUGAGGCCUUCUCUACCCAAUUGGAAUAAACUGGAAACUGGGUCUCUUGUUGCUGCUGGGUUUAGUGUCCCAGAUUCCAGAGAACUCAGCUAUGUAUGCAGAGCUCGGCUCCUCUGGGCUGUAGAAUAGAAGCAGGAGCAUGGCUCCAUUCCUUGGUUUCUGGGAGUGGGGACUACUUUGGGGCUUUCUCUAGCUUUUGUAUGUUGUUAUUAAAAGCGAGCUAUUGCAUUUCAUUCUGCCUCAGUUUGCCCACCUGUAAAAUGGGGCUGAUACCACCUACCUCACUGAAGUCUCCAGGGUUAAUGUGCAUGACUGGGUCAGGACUUGACCACCUGUCAUUCUGCAUAGCUCAGGCUGGGUCUUAGGAGUGGGUGUUAAGGUGGCCAGGAAGCUUGCCUCUCCUGCCUGUUAUGAAAUAACUCCUUCCAAAGAGAUGAGCAGUUGGUAAGUUUAGACACUGAAGUUCUGCUGGAGCCUGGGUCUAUAUUCUAAUCUAACCACUGAAGCAAAUUCACAUCCUUCCCCAGAAUGCCAGAGUACCUCAGGCCUGUGGCUAUGGCCCUGCAGCAGGAUAGCCAUUCCUCCUGCAGAGGUGUGAAUGCUGUCCCCGUUUGUUUCCAGGGAGGUCAUAGUAUCCUGCCACUUUAGGACACUAGCCAUUCUGGGGUCUGAACACUCUGGACUUGAUAUCUUGAGGAAAAUACAGCCAGGUGUGUCUUCUGUGGAAGAUUGAGGCAGUCCUAGACCCUUAGCAAUUCCAUGGCUUCUCUUUUCUGGGGAUUGUCCCCCCAGAGCUCAGCAAUGCUCUCUUAGGCAAGGCUGGCUCCUCUAAGCUGGGCUAACUGGAUACAAGUGUUUCUCAGGCUGUAGAAGGUAGAGACUGUGUCACACAACUUGGCUCUAUGUGGCAUAUGGAAAUAUCUGAUAUUCGCAGGCCUAUUUCCAGUGCUUAUGUGCCAUCGUCCCCUAUGUAGAGGAGGAAAGCAUCCCAGAGAGGCUGAGUGAAGUCAGAAAUGAACCAUGAGGAACAGUGGAAAGGAGGUGAGCUUGUUCUGGGCUCCAGGCUAUGGUUUAGCCAGACAUUUGGUCAGCCUUCUGCUUUCCCCAAAGGGCACCUUUGAGUUCCAGACAUGUUCAGAAGCUCUUGAGAACUGGGAUAGAAUUCUGAUGUUUACUUUUUCCAAUAGCUGACAUCUGAGGGCCAGGCAUGGUGGCACAUGUCUGCAAAUCUCAGUAUUGAGGCUGAGGCAGGGCAGAGUUCCUGUCCAGCCUAGGCUACAUAGCAAGACCCUGUCUCAAAGUCUGAGAGCAACAAGUGACAGAGCAGCACCCAGAAUCCUGGGGUUGACACUUUGCCUUCUGAGGCUAUCUUUAAUUUAUCUGGGAACAUGCCUAUCCUCAUACAACGCAGUGACACAUAGCAAGUAGAACUGGAGUGAGUUGUUUUGAGGAAACCUUGGUGUCAGUCUUUGGGACAUCAAGAAGAAAGCACAGUUUGCUUUGUGCUCCUUCCAGGAGGCAUCCCUGUUUCUUCAGGCACUGACCACUUUAUCUCCUGGGAUCUUGCUGGAAUCCUGGAGCUGUCUACAUGAAAGCAACCCAGACUCACUUCCACUCCAAAAGAUUAUUGUUUAAAACACAGGCAAAAAAGAAAUAAGCUGGGAGUGGUGGUGCAUGCCUUUAAUCCCAGCACUUGGGAGGCCAGCCUGGUCUACAUAGGGGAGUUCAGGACAGCUGGAGCUACAUAGUGAGACCCUAUUCCAAACAAAACAAAAAACAAAAAAUGUUUUUAUUAAGACAUCCCAGCCCCUGUGUUGUUGGUCUAGUCUAAUAUAAACUAUAAAAAGUUUCUUUGGACUGUCAUAAGUGGUUUUAAGUUUUUUGCCAAAACUCUGGACGUAUUGAGUUUUGAUGAUUUAGGUCCUGUCUUCAGUUGGCUGUCCUUUCCAGCUUUAAAAAUCCAAGAAUCUUGAUAGCACAUGUCUUCUCUGUUCAUACUCAUUCUCACCUCUACAUCUUUACAUAGGACUGUCUGGACAUAGCCACCCUAAAAAGUAAAUAUAACACCCCAAAGGACUAAGGGCUCUAAGACAUGGGAUGCUUCACAGACGUCGCUGGCCCUGACAUGUGUGCACCAUUUGGUGGACUUGGAGACCAAGUGUAAAGAUCUUAAGAGAAGUAGCCUUUUGGGGCAUCAGAAUGGCCCUUCCCUGGAGUAGCCAGAGUGCCUCCCUGCCUGUCUAGAUGAGGAGUAGCAGUACCCGAAAGGCCUUCACUGAUUCAAUACUGGUAUGAACCUCCAGGACUCCACUAGCCACUGCUUGCAACAUCACACCAAGCUAAUUGACUUGACAGCUCAUAGCUGGGGUGAGAUCCGAGUUCUGUACUGUAUAGAUCCCCUAAGUGGAGGAAGCCAUGGUCUGCUGACAGUUUGUGUUUACAGGUUUCUAUUUCCAAGACGGUCAGACCAUGAGCUGUCAGUAGUUUUUUUUGUGUUUUUGUGACAGGGUCUAUGGAGCCCAGGCUGGCUCCAGACUUUGUAUAGCAGAGGAUGACCCUGAGCUGACUAAUGAACCUUCUGCCUCCACCUCCAUGUGCUGGGAUUACAGGCGUAUACCACUGUGCCUGGUUUUAUGCUGUGUUGGGGGUGGAAACCAGGGUUUUGUGCCACUGGGCAAGCUCUGCUCUCUCAUCAGCUGGAUUGCACCCCUCUGUCCAAGCUUCUUUUGACUUCAGCCCCUUACUUUGUAGAUCAGCAAACAUAGAUGCAAAUCACAAUCUUCCCUCUUCCAUAAUUAUUGUAUGAGUAAUUAUGCCUACAAGAAAAUGUUGGUUUUUUGUUGUUACUUGAAAACUUGUGAUUUCUACAAAAACAUUUCAACGAAGACAUGAGUACAUUGACCAUGUUAGUGUAUAGAUUGUGAGUGGCUUUCCCAUGGAACACCCUCAUCCAAUAGAAAGCCUUUGUGGUGGCUGUUCACUUUGCUUUAUGAUUUCAUGGUUGAGAUGUUGCUUUUCAUUUUAAGACAUUUAUAAAAUUUCUUAGAGGCACCCCCAACCUGUACCUGUUUCUUUUAAUAAUACACAUUUCAGGUUAAUACAGACACUACAACAGGUCAAGGGAAUGACCCUGACUUUGCUGCAAGCUUUUCCAAGAUACUGUUCUGAAAUGGUUCCUGCUGGGGUAGAUCAUUCACUGGCUGUCCUGAUGGCUGCUGGUCUGUGAAGACCCUGUGAGAGGGACAAUGACCAUCCUGGCCAGAGGUGUAGGCAUUUCCAAAGCUGAUCACUUGAUGCCUUUGGGCUGUUCUGUGCUCCCAUGAAAAUCCACCCUGGCAGUGUUUGGACUGAAAUCAACCAAGAGAACCCUUUAAAAAUCCUUACAGCAGUGGGAAGAUGGCUGGAAUAGAAGUUGGGAACCUAAGUGGGAGUUUAGGAAAGAUCCCAGCAUGCAUCUUACUGUCAGUUGCCUAGUCACCUGUGACUGUAGGCUGCUGAGCAGGCACCUGCAAUCAUUGCAGGUUGAAAAUACCUUUCAUGCAAAAUGACAUUAUGUCACAAGAAAUUGGGCCUAAUAGACUAUAAACAUUUGGAGUUAGGAACUGCAGUGGAGGAGCAGAAGACGGAGGUCUGAAAGGAUUCGUAAGAAGUCAGCUACUACCCUAGAAACAAACACCAGUUGUUUUCCAAACUGGUACUUCCAAUCGCAAGGUGGUAGGAAGGUGUCUGCUUAGCAGUUAGCAGCUAAGUCAUGACUCCUUGCUAUCCACAUUGACCCCUGGGUAGGCUGGAGUCUGUGUCCUGGAUGCUGGCUCCAGUGCAGGCAUUCCAGCUUCCCAGAUGCUGUGGGAAGGCAUUUCUGCUGUCUCAGGUCUUUUAUUCUGACCCAUACCUUUUAGGAGCAGCUGUCAGGCCUAGCUUGGAAGAAAAUGUUCCCUGAAAAGGAAAACCUUCCAGAAUGAAUGGAGAAGAGAGCAUUAUGUAAAAUAAUGCAGUCCUUGUAGCUCAUUGUAUAUACCCAUGUCACCUGGAGACAUCGGACUCUGUGCUUGUUAAAAGUGACAGAAAGUGGGAAUCUUCAGGAAGGGAAAGCUUGCUUGGGGGAUGGGUGAUAAGAAAAAGGGUCCUAUUCCUAGUGUCACUCACUUGCCUCCUACUGCCUCAUGUAAGUCAAUGGGCUAUCACUUUUCUCUAUGUGGAUAGCUCUUUCAUUUUGGAAUCUGACUUUAAUAAAGCAAUUAGUUUGCUCAGUUUGAAAUAA